UUCUGUUCGGAGCUUCGCGUGCCGGAAUCCCACACUUUGGGCCACAUAAAUACGUCCGGUUGUGCCUCAUAAAUCAGUGUCAUAAAUCUGAGCGCGACUGGUAUAUGGAAUUAUGUGUCAGUGUCCCGCUGGUGGCCACAAAACAUCCUAGAUAUUUAUCUGCGGAGUGGCAAAUAAAAACACAGCCAAAGGAAAACAACUAAAGCAAGCAAAUUAAACGUUUGGCGGGAAAAUUGAGAUAAAGUGGAAGAAUCCCCGCGGCUGAAAGUGUAGAAAGUCGAGUGAAAGUGGCGGCAGCCGUUUCCCCGAAAAAAAAGAAAACAUAAAAAUCCUUCUUUUGUUGUCGUGCUUGGAAUGUCCAUCGAGGAGGCGUGAGCAGCUGAAAGAUGGCCAUCCUGGAGUCUUGUUGCUUCUGGAAGGAUGUGCGGAGUGGCAGCUUCGCCUGUGCCAUCUACACGUUGGUUUACUUUGGCUUCUCCACGCUGAUGUUUUUGUUCUACGUGCGCCAGGAGCAGGAAUUUCUGCUGGGGAACCGCACUCAACCGGUGGGCGAGAGCCUCCUGGAGAAGGGAGAUGUGACUGUAGUGACUGUGAUAUUCAACGUUUUGCUUCUGUUUUGCUCGGUGCUUAUGGUUCUUUCGUCGGUCCUUUUGAUAUUGGGUCUGCGGCAGAACAAGCGCCAGCUGCUGAUACCCUGGAUCUGCUUCAUGCUGGGCGACCUGCUCAUCGAGUGCUUGCACCUGGUGCACCUCUCCCUCUCCCGCCGCGUCAAGUUCGAUCCGAUAGUCGGUUUCAUCUUCACCAUGGACUUCUUCCUCCUGUGCCUCAAUCUCUACUGCCUGCUAUGUGUCAUCUCGCAGUACCAGACGUUCCGGUUGCAGCGAGCGGAGCUGCGGCAGGCAUCCUCCGUGGCGUCGCCUAUUGUGGUCUUCACAGCGGCCGAGAAAUUAACGAAGUCGCAGCAGCAGAUGCAGUCCGCGCAGCAGACGCAUCAGCAGCAGAAGAAGAAUUCCGGGCAGCAGCUGGAAACCGCAAGCGGAAAUGGCAAGCGGCGUCGCAUCCUUGGGGCAGCCAGUCCGCUGAUCACAUCGCAGCGGCUGACCAACUUCUCCACCAUCACCGAGGAGGAGGAGCAGCAGUCCCGGACUGGCUUCCUUGCCGAGCAGCCAAACACGGAGCAACUGGCCCGAAUUCCAAUUAUUACUCUGGCUUCGAGCCCGGCUCACUGCAGUGAUGCAAGUGGCACACGUCACUGAGCCCAAGUUACGUGUUCUUGUCCCCAAUCCCAGCACAGAUUUAAGCAAGAGUUCUGAUAUUUUUACAAAUUAAUUGACCUGAGAAAGCAAAAUAAAGAAGAAUAAUAUUUUCAA